UACGUAUUGACUCGCCACACAUCGGUUGACGCACAACUUCCCGCUCCCCAGCCCCGGCCACCGAAAGCGCCAACAGACCGAACAAGCACCCUGCACCCCCUUCAACCAAAUUUGAUCGAUCCAGCCACAGACCACUCUCGAUUGAAAGUCAUGGCUCGCUGCUGCAAGGUGGUUGCGGUUCUCUUGGUCGUUCUUGCGACCGCUGCCGGAUUCCUCUUGGGGGCGCCACCAGGACCCCCUCGCGGGAAAGGCAAGGCCCCACAGCCCAACGUGGCAAAGAACAAGGUGGAGGGAAAGCCUAGAACGACGGCGGAGAAGACCCUCGUGGGGCCUAGUCCAACGAUCGAGACUAUAACCGUCGGCAGCCCGCAGCACGGCCUGUUCAUCGACUCCGAGCAGGCUCGCGCCAUCGCCUUGGAGGCAGCGACUUCGAAAACAGUUCCCAAGGCCACGACGCUCGAGGCCCUGCACUCCUUGGCCCACUCCUCCGAGCUGGAGCUCACGACGGGAUUGUCAGCCCCUCUUCCCGUGCAAACGAUGGAAGGCUUGUGGCGACUCUGUUUCUGCGAGGGCGACUUUCUGCCGGGCGUUGACGUAGACAAGCACGGAUACGUCGCAAGGGGACAAAACGUGGAGAUAUUGUUCGACCCUGAGGGCGAGAAGAUCACCCUAGGAAGCAGCGGCUUCGGCUCUUCCCUACCCGCAGCCAUGCAAGGAGGACUGUCGUACACUCCGGAGACCCAGACAGUCACCGGGACCUUCGAGAAGGCGGGGAUGGAAUCCCUCGAUCUUCAGGCAUUCUUGAUCGACGACGACGCCCUGGGAUUCCACACCGUGUCGGAGGAUAAGCACGUGAUUUUGCUGUUCCACGCGGAGAAGAGCAAGGCUGCUGCGGCGCGUCUGUCCAAGGCCGUCUCGAUCGCGGCAUCUUCUGUGUCGGAGGCUGAGAAGGCGGCGACUGCGGAGGCUAAGAAGGCUGCGACCGCUGAGGUGGCCGGCAAGGACUUGCUCAACUUGGUCCUUGACAUUCAGCUGGUGAGCGAGGAAGACGUCCACGAGAACAAGAGGCUGGCCGUCCAGGAGACGGGGCGGGAGACGGGUAGCUUCAACACGUUCAUCCACUACCUCGAGACGGAGGGGGGGAUGAUCUACGCCGUGGUAGCCGGGCCCAUCCUCUUCUCGUACAUGAAGUACUACAGCCCGGUGGCCGCCAGCAAGGCCACGGCCGCCGCGAUCGUCAUGGUGGAGACAGUCAAGCACAUCCUCAAGGCGAACGCCUGAUUGGUGGUUCAACCGCCAACCCCGCGGGGUAAACGAGGGUCAUGACAACUCCGUCCUCCGUGCGGGGAGAGGGAGUUGCGAUGAAUGAGCGGCAGAAGAACCAAGGCUAUGACGAAGCGUUAAGCAUUGGCCCCCCUCCCCUCGAGGUGGUGCCGAUAAGGGCUCGGUCCUAGGCCGAUAACGCACAUAUUCCACAUGAAGAGUUUGUACAUAUUUUAGGUAUUAUGGUUGUUUUGGCGGCGGCGUUGUCAGCGGGUUUCCGGAAUACAACCGGAAGCAUGUUUUAUGGGGUGUAGCCAAACUAAGGUCCUUUUGGAGAGGAGGAACAGCAUUUAUUCGAAGGACGGAUGUGUCUUCUUUUUAGACACCCGAGUGCUUCCCCGUUGUCGAUUGUGUUUGGACUCGGGAGACUGGACGUGCCAAAAAGCGUCUAUUCGUCUUUUAGUUUUGAUGAUAGCGUUGUUCAGCGAGCACGGCCGUACAGUAGUAGCCUGGCGGACAUCAGCAGAGGAGGGCGGAGGAGAACCAACGGGAAGGAGUUGGUGUUUGGCAUGUUUUGGGGCGCAGGGGGGAAGAUGAUCUGUACUCCGCCGCCUCCGCUCCCCCCAAGCGUGCUUGCGUGUGUUCUAAAUUCACCUUGGGCCUGCGGCAUCAUGAUAUCGACAGCUUGUCGGGGGGCGGAGGGCGGAAUAUCCGCUGAACUUCGGCAUCGAGGUCGAAGAUGUGUGGGUGUGUUGUGGCACGCGAGCCGUCUUGAGAAGAAGAAGAAAGGAUAUGUAAAUAGAAGGCGGCGUGGGUAUUCGCGUGCGUAGGAAUGUAAAUAAUGUUGUGGGGGGGGUUACGAGCAGGUCACAUCUACGUGGCUGCCUUUGCCGCUGCCGGCCUCACAAGCCUUGCUGUACAUAUGUCCUCGCCGCGUGGAUGGAUGACGAGAUUCCCAAAGAAGAAAGUUGCUCGCGCGGUCCUUUGUAUAUAACACGGUCAAUUAAUUUCAUCAGUGUCACAUCAUCGCUGUGCAAAAAGUGCACACAUCACGUGACGGAUUGAAAAAGGAUGAGUUGGUCUGUUGGUUUUCGGAAGUGUUGCGGCCGGAACGGCUUUGGUUGUUUUGCACGACGACAUUGGUGGUCAUAGCGUUAGCGUCGAGCUAGCAGGCGCACAAGAGAACAACGCCGUUGCGGUACGGGGCCACGAGGACGAGAAAGACCGACGAGAAAAGUAAGAUAAUGGUAUGUUUCAAUCAUUCAGGGCGGGAUUCGACGCUUGGACGGGCUGCGCGAAGAACCAUGGUACUUCUAUUUGCCUUCGCUGAGAAGAAGAGGUAUUAUGUAGUAGCAGAGUAGCCUGACGACUGUCGCUGAAGUCACGUGAAGGUCGUUUUUUUAUGUUGUGAUGGUUCGUUUGAUUGUUUUUUUUCAUACUGUUGCUGUUGUCGGUGUUGCGCAGGCAAACAUGCGCUCUCGAGUGGGUUGGGUGAAUGCAGACGAGAUCGGACGGGAUCUCAGAGGAAAGAGCCUCUUGUCGGAAACGAGGUAAUAUCUCUUCCAAGCGUUGCUGCUCACGGUGUACGUGGCGUUGAGAUGGCACAGCACUCACGUCUAGUAUAUGCAUGAAGAAGCAGGGACGGAGAGAGAGAAGAGAGAAGAGAGAGAGAAAGUCUGUCUUCGUUGUAAGUAGUUUCGUGUGGGUCGAGGUCUGUUGAUGGCAUGUAUUAGUGGCAUUUGAUGUUGUAGGCAUGCGUGGUUGUAGCUCGGCUGUUGGGUCUUGCUAGCUUGUAUGUUCAUGUUGUAAUUGGUCCUAGGACUCACUGCUGUUCAGUGCCCCCUCUUGAGGCUCAAGACAAGAGUGCCUCGUACUGGAGCUGAGAAAAAUGAAGUGGCAAAUGUGUGUUUACUUUCCCAGGCCGAGGUGAUGGCGGGGCGCUGGCUUGUAUUAUUGUCUCUAGCGGUGUAGAUACGGAGGGUGGCGUCUUGAUGAGAAACAGCCUUAUAUUUUCUUUUGCAAGACCAUGGCGUCUGUCUACCUUUCGGUUGUUGGCGAUGUAAGGGCAGCAGGCUGGCUGACGCCUCAAGCAUACGUGUUCGAAAGUGAACGAAGGUACACAUGUGACGCCGGAUCGGAGCUCUGCAGCGAAGAGAGAAGACAGAAAGGUCGAGUUCAACAGCACGAGCGAACAGAGUAAACGUACGGAACGUCCAUGGUGAAUGAAGUUGCCGGUAAACGGUAUCAGUUUUGGAUAUUCUCACCACGUCCAACCCCCGAACGACACUCUUCAACACCGACACUCUGAGACACGAACUCCAAGCCUCAUAACAGUUGUUAUCCUUUUAUAUACUACCCACUUUCCACCACCCCCCCCAUCUGUACGUGCUUUGGGUCCAGGUGCAAGUCAGGUGCCCCGCAACAUCACCUAACCAAGGGUUCUCUCUUUCGAUUGCACGUGCACGACCGUGUUGUUCUGUGUCUGUUGUAUGCAUACGUGCCUGGUCCUACUGUUCACGUCGCAGCAAUCCGAAUGGAUGUCAAUCAAUGACUGACGGGACUUGCUUGGCCUUGCUGAAAUACUCACCCCGUACCCCACAAGAGGACAUUUCCGUACCCACACUGCAUGACACAAAAAAAAACUACAUGACACCACUUUUCCUCGCGCUGCGAGCGUCACACCCGAAUUCCUUAACGACGCAUGUUCAAAACGGUUGUCAUUG